AUGGAAAUUGUUGAUCAUUUUAGUUCUUUAUUCAACUCAACAAAUACUAGCCUUGACCAUGAUGAAAUUGAGAGAUUAUUCCCAAACAUUAUAUCUGAUAGUGAAAACAAUAGCAUCACUAGGGAGGUUUCAAUUAUGGAAAUUAAGAAUGUUAUGCGACAGCUUGGUUCGAUGAAAGCCCUUGGACCUGAUGGUCUUCAAGGGAUUUUCUUUCAUAAAUACUGGGACAUUGUUGGACCAAGUAUAAUCAAGCUGGUUAAAGACUUCUUCCCUCAUGGGAGGUCCAUUUUUGACUCGACCAUAAUUUGUAAUGAAAUUGUUCACUCGUUUAAGACUAAAAAAGGUGUCAAGGUUGGAUGGCCCUCAAACUUGAUUUUGAUAAAGCGUAUGAUAGGGUUAGUUGGCCUUUUAUUACUAAAAUAUUUAAAUAUUGCUGAUAAGGUUGUGAACUGGAUUAUAACCUAUAUAAGUUCUGUUGCUUUUCAAGUUCUUAAAAAUGGCGCUCCAAGUGAAGAGUUCACCCCGAGAAAUGGAAUCCGUCAGGGAGACCCUCUGUCCCCUUUUAUUAUCAUUCUUUGUCUUGAAGCUUUAUCGAGACUUUUACAACAAGGUAUUGAUUCGAAGUAUUUGCAGGGUUUCACUGUUGCAAAAGGAGCUCCUAUGAUUGCCCAUUCUAUGUAUGCAGAUGAUAGCAUAAUUUUCUUAAAAGCAAAUUACAAUAAUGCUUGCAACCUGAGACAGAUUUUAGAAAAAUUCAGUCGAUGGUAUGGCCAGGUGAUAAGUGAUGCUAAGUCGACCUUGUUGACUUCUAGCAAUCUGGGAAGGAGUUUUACCAUGGGAAUGGCAAGAGCGCUUAAAGUUCAGGUUGCUUCUACGCCAGGUAAGUACUCAGGUAUACCAUUACAGUGGGGUAGGUUGUCUGAAAAUACCUUUCAUGAUUUGUUAGAAAAUCUUAGCAAUAGAAUGAUAGGGUGGAAAUCUAAGUCGUUGAAUAUUGCUGGGAGGUCAGUGCUUAUUAAGUCUGUCCUUGACCAUGUGUGGAAUCAUGUCAUGGCUAUUCUAAAGUUACCUAAAGGCCUAGUAAAUAAGAUUGACAAAUUUAGGAGAAAUUUUCUGUGUGGUGGAGAUAAAGGCUCGAGAAAGAUGCAUAAUGUUAAUUGGUCAACUGUUUGUAGCCCUAUUGUUCAAGGUGGCUUAGGGAUAAGAGAUUUGGGAUAUGAUGAUUUUUGGACUAGUAGGACUAAGAAUGGAUGCUCCACUAGUUGGAGAAGUUUAGUGAAAGGGAAAGACAUCAUUAAGAAUAGUUUGGAGUGGUGUAUUAGUGAUGGUAUCCAAGUAGACUUUUGGAAUGACCCUUGGAUCAAUGAUAUCCCUUUGUCUGCAAUCACCGAUAUGGAAAAUGUUACUAUUCCUUCCCUUAGAGUGAAGGAUGUAAUUAACCCAAGUACGAGAGAAUGGGAUCUAUUUGUAGUUGAUAGUUUCGUCUCUGAAGAGGUUAAGGAAAAUAUUUAUGCUAUGCCUGUUACCGCUAGUGAAGGUAGGAGGGAUAAAAGAGUGUGGGCCCAUGGUAAAGAUGGUGGAGCUUCUACUGACUCUCUUUAUGCAGGAAUUGGUGGAGUGGUUAGAGAUGAUGUUGGGGCUUUUGUGGCAGGUUAUACGAAGCAUAUAUAUCAGAAUGGGAGUAAUAUGGUUGAAGUGUGGGCGGAAAGAGAUGGUCUGCAACUUGUUGUUCAACUUGGAAUCAGGAAACCCGAAGUUGAAUGCGACUCUUUAUACACCAUUCAACUUUGUCGAGGUGAAGUUUCUCCUUUGUGGUACCUCAGGGGACUUAUCCAGGAUAUUGAAGAAUUAAGUGAGAAUUUCGAAGAUCUUGUUUUCAUUCAUCAACACAGAGAAUCCAACUUUGUUGCGGACACAUUUUCAAAGAAAGCUUCUGAAGGUCUUCUAGAGGGGCAUUUGGUUUAA